AGCUCAUUCUUCAUUUUCUUUCAUUCAAAGUCGACAACAUCUUUUUCCAGCCGACCGAAAUAAUCCAAACAAUUUUCUUUUAGCCAGAACUUCGAAGACUUGCGCGCCUUUCGCCCGACGCGGUACGCGAAUUAUAUACUUCGGACGAUUCAUCGGCUAGCAUAUUAUCGAAACUGCGACAUCGUCAUAGGAAUCGCCGGAAUAAAUACGCUACGCUGACGGCAGAUCAAUCCUCAAGUUAUCAAGUCGCCCGCCGCUUCCAACUCGAUUCUAUCAAAUCUAUAUUCAACAUUUGGCGGAGCUUCAGUGGCAGUUCCGCAGACGUGUAGAUCGUCACAUUCCCCGGCUCUUCCACUGCUUCAGUGGACGCCUUUAAAUACGCCGUAAUCCUCAGUGAUUACAGCGAGGCGUCAUUGAAGCUUCGGAAGACCUUUCUUCCUUCGGCCACUGCAUAUGAGCGGACUUCUUUGGAAAUUCUAUCUCGAGGAUGAUAUUGAAUCCUUUCGGCAGCUUCUGGCUAAUGCCAGUUCUGCCGCCCGACCUGCUGCGCCAAAAACCUUCAGCGGAGGACCUGGACAAAGCAGCCCCAGCGCGGCGCUUUCAACGUCACCAUCGAUAACCCCAAAGUGUCGGAAAACGUCCAGUUGGAAUAUCUCUUCGGUCAAUACCACUCCCGGCAAAGCCGCAGGCUCAUGGGCAAAUGUCGUCCUCGGUCGAUCAGACGUAAAUUCAAAAGACACCUUUGGUCUCACCAUCCUACACCAUGCCGCAUCGCGUACCACAGAUAAUGCUCAUGCCUUUGCACUGGCGCUUCUUGAGCACCCUCUGACAGACAUAUACAUGCAGGAUAUGGAGAAUGGGUGGACCGCUCUGCACAGAGCGUUAUAUUUUGGAAAUAUCCUUACCGCACGUGCCAUCCUAAGUCGAGACGCUCUAGACGCUGGAAAUGUGCUGAAUGCUGGAGGCUUGAUUAAAAUAAAAGAUAAAGAAGGCAAUAGCCCUUUCGACCUUUUUGCGGCUACCAUAGCCGACGAAUCUCUGCGAUCACCAGGUCUCGACCUCUCUCACGCCAAAUAUGAAGAUGAUAACGACGAUACAUCGAGCCAAGGCGCAGGCAGCGAGAACGAUGAAGAUUUUCCACGUCAUGUGUCACUGGCGCCGCGCGUGGAUAUCCACGGAGACGAUUUGUUCACAUUUGGAAGCAACAAGAAUCAUACUCUUGGUUUUGGUGAUGAGGAUGACCGGCAAUAUCCCGAGCGUAUCACUCUGAAACGCCCCGAGAACCUUCUUCGCAGAUUUUAUCGCGAACAGCAUGCGGGCUUGGAUAUACCUUCAUCGACUGAUCUCGGCAGCAAGCCGUCAGCCUCACUUCCUUCCUUGAUUCGAAAUCGGCCUAUACUCAUCCAAGACAUAGCCAUGUCGAAGCUCCACACCGCUGUCCUGACUACCGACCCUGAAUCGAAUCUCUACAUGUGUGGAUUUGGACCAGGAGGCAGGUUGGGUACAGGCGACGAGAACACUCGAUUCAACUUUGUUUGUGUCGACAACGGCCCGCUUGCAGGCAAACGGGUCGUGAACAUUGGGCUUGGGCAAAACCACACGCUAGCUGUCACUGAUGAUGGGCAGCUGUUCACGUGGGGUACGAAUGCUUUUGGGCAGUUAGGAUAUUUAUUGCCGAAGCCCAAGCUCAACGACGAGGAUCCGAUACAGACAUCACCUCGUCAAGUGUUUGGGCCAUUGAAAAGGGAGUUGGUACUUGGCGCGGCAGGCUCCCGGAUCCACUCGGUUGUACACACAUCAACUGCUUUAUUUACCUUCGGGAAAAAUGAAGGUCAGCUAGGCUUAGUGGAUUCAGACGCUCGAUCUCUUGAGAUCCAGACUAUUCCCAGGAGAGUUGCAGCAUCAUUAUUUUCUUCGCCAAUCCGCAUGGUGUCAGCAAUUGACCGCGCCACAAUUUGCUUGUUACAAAACCACGAAGUUUGGGUCUUUGCAAAUUAUGGUUAUACGAAGUUAUCAUUCCCACUUGAUGGUUCUUUCGAUAAUUUCCAGCGGAGUACUUUCCGCACCACUGCAUAUGAUUUCCUUCCUAAUAACAUCAUAAAGGUCACCGCAGGUGGAGACACCAUCUGCGCUCUGUCGCGCCGAGGUGAGGUUUUCACGGUCAAUGUGAGCCAACGAGCGGAGCCUGGGGUUGCCUCUGCCUCAACAACGAAUCCAUCUAAGAUUCGCAGUGCACUGUCGCUGCCUCAGCGUGUGUGGUCUCUCAGAAAAGGCCACAUGGCCGUGAGCGAUGUUGAUGUUGGACAGGACGGCUCGGUCGUCAUUUGCACGGAAUCGGGCUCCGUCUGGAAAAGGAUCAAACGUGCGAAAAUCAAGGAUGCCGCUGCAACGGGCUCUCGGGAUUUUAAAGCCAAAGACUACAAAUUCUCGAGGGUUUCUGGCCUUACAAGAGUGACUGCGGUCCGCAGCAAUUCAUUUGGCGCAUUUUCGGCUGUACGCACAGAGAGUGAUGUCACCAAAACUCAUGUCCAAGUCAAAGACUCGACACUUUCCAGAGACUUGGCUGUUCUUUCGCCCUUUGAUAACCUUAUCCGUGGCCACGGCAGUGCUAAUCAUGGAAGUGGCUCCUCACGAGACGCCUCUGCUGCCGAGAUCGUGCUUGCGAUCAAGGACAUUCUUCUUUCUCCUCGAAGCCUUGAAACCGUCAUACGAGCGACGUGUGAGCAACAAGCUUCAAGCCUAAUGUCUGGUUAUGACGUCGACAUUUGCACUUCGGAGUCGUCCGUGCAUCUACCUGCGCAUGAAUUUUUGCUAUCCUCCAGAAGCAGCACACUGAGACAAGCCUUUGCGGAAUGUCGCCGCGCGAGAUCGACAGUGUCGAUAGGUGAUAUGUUGUCAAUAGACUUGAAGGAUGGGAAGGAAUUUCGGGUGACCUUCCCAAAUGCAGAUUUCCUCACCGUACUUAAUCUGCUUGUCUAUGUUUAUCAUGAUGCUGUCGUUGAUGUUUGGCAUUGCACCCGGCUUGCGCCCAAAUCUACUUCUCGAUAUCGUCAAGUAAGGACAGAGCUAAUGAAAAUUGCGGCUCGACUCGAGUUACGUAAUCUUGAAGCAUCUGCAAGAGCGAUGAUCCAGCCGACUGAGGCUUUGCGCAAGGGCAUGGAAAGCGCAUUACUCGACAGUGCUUUUUUUGAUGGUGGCGAUGUCCUUGUUGAACUUUCCAAUGCGGAAGUCAAAGUGCAUAGUACUCUAAUGUGUCGGAGAUGCCCUUUUUUCGAAGGCUUGUUCCAGGGGCGAGCAGGAGGGUUGUGGCUCGCGUCUAGACGAGAGUUGGCAAACGAUCCUGGAGCCCUCACUAAGGUGGAUCUGAAGCAUGUUGAUGAGGAUAUUUUCAAGCUCGUGCUUCGUCAUGUUUAUGCUGAUACCGGAGUGGAAUUGUUUGACGAUGUGGUUGCAGAUGACCUUGAUCACUUUCUCGACAUCGUCUUGGGGGUCAUGUCCGUGGCCAACGAGCUGAUGCUUGAUCGACUGUCUCAGGUGUGCCAACAGGUUCUGGGACGAUUCGUGACAAUUCGUAAUGUUUGCCAACUUAUCAAUGCGAUUGCGCCGAGCUACGUCGCCGAACUAAAAAAUGCCUGUCUGAAGUUCCUCUGCCUGAACCUUGAGGCAUUGCUUGAAUCUCGCCUUCUAGAAGACCUGGAUAACGAUCUCGCCUAUGAGCUUGAUCAAGUUGUUCGGGACAAUCAGCUUGCUUCCUCUCCAUUCGUCAGGAGCGGCAGGGCCGAAGCUUUGCUGCAUGAUAAGUAUCCUGAGCUGGCAGAAGAGAUUGAGCAAGGCAGACGCGCGAAGAUUGGGGCUAUGGCUUUUCAGGCAAGAUUAAAGGAAGAGGAAUCUCGUUCAUCAGGUUCUUUCAAACAAAGACCCGGCAUCCUUGACUCGAAUACUUCGCCCGUUGCUACCAAGUCUCGGCGAAAAUCCCGAGAUGCUAAGCUGGAUUCCGUCAGCCCACGCCUCAAGGGUAAAGCAUCUGUGAACGAUUUAAUGUUUGACAUGGAGGAUGAGGAUCUUGGAAAAGCCGGCCAACCUGGUUUGGGAGAGCCUGAUCGUCCUAUACCUGUUCGGCAGAGAACAUCGGGUACGGUCCCUGGAAGCUUGUAUGCUAGUCCUGGAUCAAGUGUUCCUGAUGCCAACGUAUGGUUCGACUCCAAGGGCAAGGCCAUUUCAUCUCCACACGAUGGCUUUGGCAGCCCUUCGCCGGCAAACGUUUUGGCUUCGCCGCCAUCAAGCUUUACUCCUCGCUUAGAUGCUCAAGUGUCCAGCUCAAGCAUCACUCAAGCUCAACAGCCUCCGCAAAGCGUGAUAGCGACAGGGAAGCCGUGGGCAUCACCCACACUCCCGGCUACCAAGCUAGAUAUGAAGGAUAUUAUGGCUCAGGCAUCAACCAGCAGCCGAACGUCAAAUCUUUCGCUAGGACUGGCCAGUCAACGAGAGGAGCAGGAGCAACAGCAGCAAUACCAGGCGAGGAGAGAGCAUGCCACCAAAGCUAGCGGAUCUUUUGGCGGAAAGCUCUCACAGCGCGAAAGGAAGAAGCAGCAGCAGCAGCAAGAACAGCAAUUGGCAGCCGUGCAGGCAGUUGCGUCGAAAGAAGCAGAGAAAACUAAAUCGCCCUGGCAAACAGGCCCGGCGGCAGCCAAGGUAUCGCUCAAGGACGUUUUGAGUGCCGAAAAGACUGGAUCGCCUACGCCAGGCUCAUCUGGUACUGCUCGCAAUGGAAGCCUAGCGUCCUCCUCCGCUUCACAGCGUCCACCGUCAAGCGUUCCUCUAAACCUUCAGCAAACCAUUGCGCGGAAACCAUCCCCAUCCUCACAAGGCGCGGCAGCUACAAAGCCCUCUGUCCCGGCGGCACAGCAUCCUCCUACUACGUCCUACUCCUCUUCGUCGUCAACGUCAAAGCCAGUCGUCGCCGGACCUCGCUCUGUCCGGCACCAGCCGGCACCCUCUGUGGUACGCUCUGCCGAACCGUCCUUGCAGCUCUCCAUGGCAGAUAUUUUGUCGCAGCAACAGGCUGAAAAGGAUUUUGUCCGGGAAGCUGCGGCCAAACGGAGCCUGGAAGAAAUCCAGCAGGAACAGGCUUUUCAGGAAUGGUGGGACCGCGAAUGCCAGCGAGUGAUGCUAGAAGAAGAGGCUCGUUCUGCCACUGCAGCCGGACAUGCCAACAAGUCGCGGCGAAACCGAGGCGGCCAUGGCCGCGGUCACGGCCAAGUUGGUGGCGAUCAUGGGCAUGGACGGGGUAGCGGCGGUGGAGCUCAAGCUCCUUCCCAAGCCGGCCGAGGUAGUACGAGCGGCGGUGAUAUUACUGCCAGACGUGGUGCUGCUACUGACCUUGAGGGAAAUGCACGGAGUGGAAAGUCGUCCUCUUCGCAUCCCCCCGCCCAAUCAUCAUCUCGUGGUAGUAGAGGCAAUAGAGGACAACACUCUGGCCGAGGCGGCGGUGCAAGUAGGAAUCGGCAUCCGCCAAAAGAUGCAGCUCCCGCUUCUUCUUCCUCUCCUGCUGCUGUGCCUGUUUCCAGCCGAUAGUAUUGGAGUCUAUCAUUUUGGAUUUCUCUUUCUCCCUGCCUUUUCGGUAAAAAACAAGUUUGUAAUUUUUUUUUAUUUUUCUUUAUUUGCCUCAAACUCUUUAUACCGCACUGUACGUGCUAGACUUGUCAUCGAUAUCAUCUCACAUGGUCGCAUCCUUGUCUGGAUUAUUUGGAGUUUAUGGAUUAUACUCAGUACAAUUACUGUUGGUGAUUGACUGGGCUUGGGAUUUUCUUCGCAAUUAUUAGGGAUUUAGUCAUAAAGACACACAGACCUGCAAUGGGUAGGUUAUUAUCCGGUAGUUGUACCGAGUUGUUCGCAGAAAUGUAUAUACAAAUAUGAAAUUGUAACACCUGC